AGUGCGCACGCGUGCUCACCCGUCACCCGGAAGCGGAAAGGCCCGGCAGUAGCAGCAGCGGCGGCGGGAGAUUCUUGGCGGCGCGUGUGGGAGAGCGGGAGCGGCGGCGUCAUGAGCCUCUUAAACAAACCCAAGAGUGAGAUGACCCCCGAGGAGCUGCAGAAGCGGGAGGAGGAGGAGUUCAACACAGGGCCACUGUCUGUCCUCACUCAGUCGGUCAAGAACAACACUCAGGUGCUGAUCAACUGUCGCAACAACAAGAAGCUGCUGGGACGUGUCAAGGCCUUUGACAGGCACUGUAACAUGGUGCUGGAGAACGUCAAGGAGAUGUGGACGGAGGUGCCCAAGAGCGGCAAGGGCAAGAAGAAAUCAAAGCCUGUCAACAAGGAUCGCUACAUCUCCAAGAUGUUCCUGCGGGGGGACUCGGUCAUUGUGGUGCUGAGGAACCCCCUCAUUGCCGGCAAAUAGAGAACUGUCCCAAUGCCCCAGCCUCGCCCUGGCGUGACCCAGAGCCCGGCUGAGCAGGGGACCUGCCUCCAGCCCUUCUGGAUGAAGCCUGCUGGCUGCAUCACUUGUGAAGACCGUUCUGUUCAGAAACAACUCUGCUGAGCUCUCCCCAGGUGUCACCUGUGCCUCUCUUCUUAGUCCUUAGACCGCCAAGAGCUGUGCACAGCCCCCCCCAGCCCCCACCCAUUGCUGCCUCCCCCUCCCACCAUCCCAUGGGAUUGGAAGGGGGUGUCUGGGAGCAGAACUGGUCAGGAGACCCCAGCUGCUGCAAGUCCAUUCCAGGCUGGUGUUUCCCCACGUCCGUCACCCACCUGCCCAAAGCUGAAAGUCCUGGCGCUGCUUCUCUGGAUUUACCCAGGAUCUCUGUGCCUGCUGGGUGCUGCAGACUCCGCUGGCCAAGGGGGAGGCUGCAUAGAAGUGAGAGGCUCUUUAGCUCGUAGGCCCCCCGACUGGCCUGCUCUCGGGCUCGGGGAGCACUGAGGUUUCCUAAGGGAGCUGGGUACAAAGAGAAGCAUCAGGAAUCUCAGCCUAACAGAAGGGGGGACCUCUCAACAGAAUUGUCUCAGAACUGCUCUAAAAGGUGUAUUUUAAAGGGGAGCCAUCUGCUGUAGUUGUCUGAUUUGGGUGGGGGCCGUCUACCCUGGGGAUUUCCACCCUGCAGAGCUACCCUACUGCAAACACCCUGCAGAGAGGCACCAGGCGUGUGUGACUGCCGCCCCUCUUUUGACCCUCCGCUUCCCCAGACCCAGCCAGACCAGCAGCGGUUGUACUUGAGUCCGGGUCCCGCUUUCCAGCUGAGCGAGGCGCCAGGGAAGUCGAGGUAGCAAAUGUGAUUUGAAACACCACUCAGCUCCUAGUGUAGACAGCUUCAGGGUGGCGUCAGCCUUGGCUUGGUUCCAGCGGGACCAGCUGAGGCGAUUCAGCUGCAUCCACACUGGGCACGAAGGAUCGGUCCUUACUCUGCUAUAAAGCGGGACAGGGACCAAGUAUCCUCUUCCCCUCACUUUGAACCUCCGAACGCUGCCUGGGCUGGGGGUAAGUCAUGCCUGAUACAAUCCCACAGCUCAUCGGUGCAGAAAUCCCUGGUGUCGACAGCUCUCCUGGCCCUGAUCCUCCAGCGGCAUCCGAGCUAGUGGCUCCUUGUGUCCCGGGUUCCUUGUAUCCGUGGGGCAGUUUCAGGAGCGGGAUCUUGUAAGUUGUAGCCCCAGCCUCAAGGGCAGCUCCUCUCCUUGCAGCAAACGGGUGACACCAGGGUCUUUUGUAAUAAACCAACUCGAUUUCUCCA